CGCUCGUGAUGGAAUACUAAAUACCUCUUUUUUAAAGCCAAGAUGGCGGGUGACGAGUUAGGAGUAACGUUGGGACAACCUCAUCUUUCAAAGCAAGAUCUUAGCACUUUGGAUGUGACUAAACUGACUCCUCUUUCUCCAGAAGUCAUCAGUAGGCAGGCCACAAUUAAUAUUGGUACAAUUGGUCAUGUAGCUCAUGGCAAAUCUACAGUAGUGAAAGCUAUCUCUGGUGUCCACACUGUCCGGUUUAAAAAUGAACUUGAGAGAAAUAUUACCAUUAAACUCGGCUAUGCUAAUGCCAAGGUGUACAAACUAGACGACCUCGGCUGUCCCAGACCAGAGUGCUAUAGAUCAUGUGGAAGCAGCACACCUGAUGAAUUCCCUACAGACAUUCCUGGCACUAAAGGAAAUUUUAAGCUGGUCAGACAUGUGUCCUUUGUGGAUUGUCCUGGCCAUGACAUUUUGAUGGCUACCAUGUUAAACGGUGCCGCAGUAAUGGAUGCUGCUCUACUACUAAUAGCUGGUAAUGAGUCUUGCCCACAGCCUCAGACAUCUGAACAUUUGGCUGCCAUUGAAAUCAUGAAGCUGAAACAUAUAUUGAUAUUGCAAAAUAAAAUUGAUUUGGUAAAAGAGAGCCAAGCAAAAGAACAGUAUGAGCAGAUUCUUGCAUUUGUACAAGGUACAGUUGCAGAAGGUGCUCCAAUUAUCCCAAUCUCUGCCCAGCUGAAAUAUAACAUUGAGGUGGUUUGUGAAUACAUUGUUAAGAAAAUUCCAGUUCCAAUUCGUGACUUCACUUCUGAGCCAAGACUCAUUGUAAUUCGAUCUUUUGAUGUUAACAAACCUGGGUGUGAGGUUGAUGACCUUAAAGGGGGUGUAGCAGGAGGCAGUAUUUUGAAAGGUGUUCUUAAGGUUGGACAAGAAAUCGAAGUUAGGCCUGGUAUUGUCUCAAAGGACCAUGAAGGCAAGCUUAUGUGUAAACCAAUAUUCUCCAAGAUUGUGUCAUUGUUUGCAGAACACAAUGAUCUUUUGUAUGGUGCACCUGGUGGCCUUAUUGGUGUCGGGACAAAGAUUGAUCCUACUCUCUGCCGUGCAGAUCGUAUGGUGGGGCAGGUUUUAGGGGCAGUUGGAGCAUUGCCAGAGAUUUUUACAGAGUUAGAAAUUUCCUACUUUCUUCUCAGACGACUUCUUGGUGUUCGUACAGAAGGUGACAAGAAGGCAGCAAAGGUACAAAAGCUGUCAAAGAAUGAAGUACUGAUGGUAAAUAUAGGCUCAUUAUCAACUGGUGGUAGAGUAAGUGCAGUCAAAGCCGAUUUGGGAAAGAUUGUCCUCACAAACCCAGUCUGCACUGAAGUAGGAGAAAAGAUUGCCCUCAGCAGAAGAGUGGAAAAACAUUGGCGACUGAUUGGUUGGGGUCAAAUAAGAAGAGGUGUGACAAUUAAGCCAACUGUGGAUGACGAUUAAUCCCCCAUAAAGAAAAAACAAUGGAGAGUCCUACGUUGCCUGCAUUUGGUUUUGUGUAUGGUUUUGCUGCCAUAUCAGUCCUAUUAGUGCAACAAAGAUUUAUACAAUUGCAAUUUGACCUGGAACCAAAUUUUUUUCAUUUUAAAGAAGUUACCAUAUCUUCAAUUUACCAGUUGGUCUAAUUUAUAUUCAAAAUACUUUUGACAUCACCGUGGACAUUUGAUAGACCUGUCACACUUGUCAAGGAAUACCUAUUAAAAUGUUUUCAACAAA